CACCACUUCAAUAAUAUCGAACAACCAAACCAUAUUCAUUACUCAUCCAACCAUCCAUCUACGUGUGACUUCCCAAUCCAUCUUCUCAGUUCCCAAUCCUCACUGUCGUGUUCUCCUAUCCUAUGUUCCUGUUCUCUUCCUCCAUUCAUAUACUAUCCACAACACUUCAUCAUCUUCACAAACCAACAUGACAGAAAUCACAAACCUUAGCUUAGACCUCAUAGAAUCCAUCCUUUCUCAUCUUCCAAUCCCAUCUUUGAUCCAAGCUUCAACAGUUUGCAAACUAUGGUACACCAUACUCUCAUCAUCUUCCUUUUCUUCAAACCAUAACCAAAAACACAAACCAUGGUUCUUUCUGCAUGGUAUCCAUAACAUAUCUUCCAAAAACAAUCAAUCUUUUGCCUUUGACCCUUCUUCUAACUCUUGGUUCCUUCUUCCAACACCUCAACAACCUCUUCACUAUCCUAACAACACUUCUUUUAUUGGUACUUCAUCUUACUUCUUCAUCACGGCACCUAACUUUGUCUAUACUUCAAUUCUACGUCCUCUUGCUUGGAGUUCUACUCCACCUCUUCAUUUUCCUAGGAUUAAUCCUCUUUUAGGUGUUUUCAAUGAUGGUUUGUCUUUGAAGUUUAUUGUUGUUGGUGGUGUUAGGUUUAUUGGUAACCUUGUUGAUAUAGAAGAUCGUUUAGAUGUUGAAAUCUAUGACCCUCUUUUGGGUUCUUGGGAUUUAGCUCCUCCUCUUCCUGUUGAUUUUCGAUCUGGAAACUCAUCAUCUUCACUUUCAUCUGCUUUGUUCAAAGGGAAGUUUUUUGUGUUUGGGAUAUAUUCAUGUUUUGUUUCUUCCUUUGAUUUGAAGCUUCGUGUUUGGAGUGAUGUUAGGAUUGUUAGACCUUCUGGGGUUGUGUUUUCUUUCUUGAUUGCUUGUAGGGAAAGGCUUGUUUUAGCUGGUGUUUGUGAUUCACCAAGUGGGUCUAGUUUCAAUUUGUGGGAGGUUGAUGAAAAAAGUAUGGAGAUUUGUGAGAUUGGUGUUAUGCCUCAUGAUUUGCUUUCUAGUUUGUUUGAUGGUGAUGAGGAUGAUAGAUUUGCUAGCUUGAAGUGUGUUGGGUUGGGUGAUCUUAUAUAUGUUUUCAAUGAGGAUUAUCAUAGGAUGUACCCGGCUUGUGUCUGUGAGAUUCGCGGUCGCGGUGGUGGUGAGAAUGGUAAGUGUUAUUGGAGGAGGGUGCCUCAGUUGCCAUCACUGAUGAAUAGGUUUCACAAAGUUGUUAGCUUUUGUUCAACAGUUUCACUACAUAGUAUUCUUGGUGAAGGUCACCAUGGACUUCAUUGAGAUCGAUCUGGCGGAUGUUUCUCGACUACUAGGCUUUAUUCAUGCAAAUUGCUUUGAUCUCCAAGAACACAAAGAAAUUCAUCCAUGGAACAGUUCCAAAACCACCAAUACUGAUACUCUGGUAAGCAUUGAUAAAACAGAAAUUAAUUAUGAAACUAGAAGUUCCCAUUGAUAAAAAUACUACUAACAGAAUCUGUUUCUAAAGUGAGUUUUAUAGAUGCAGUAGACAAGUAUAAAGAAAAAAUAAACAGAAACUAGUUAGAAGUCUAGAAACUGAAACUUUUUCGCUAUUGAACAUAAGGUUUUAGUGGCGUUACUCUUGAGUCGGCCCUAUCACCAUCAGGUUGAUCCAUGCUUUAUGAUAGCUAAACAAUACAUAGAUACUUCUAUAAUUAUCCAGUCACAUAUUUACGACAGAUGCUCUUAUCAUAUGUGAACCUUCUUCUUUCUUCUUUUAGCAAUGAGUAUUUCCUUCUUUUUUUUCCCUGCUGAAUCAUAUAAAUACCAGUUUUAUUCAGAAAGAGAUCAGUAAAAGCACCAUACAGAUAGGGUCCUAGGUUCCUCAAGUCAUCAUUAGUUAGAUAAUGAAUAUUGGAAAAUGAAAGUAGUGUAUAAGGACAAUAAUGGUAUGCACAUCACUUCUGUGAUUGCUUUUAAACCAAUGUGAAGAUCUUCUAAGUGUAUUAUUAGGCUCCUCUCAUGAAAGCCAUCGUGGUGGUCAGAUAACGUAUUUCAUUGAUGUAUGAUAGUCAAGACUCAAGAACAAUGCAAAUAUAUAAGUGAAGGAUGAAAAUAUUUCAUUCAUGAAUGAAAAUGUGGUGCUCAAACCACUUGUGUGA